AAGCUCACAGUCUUCGUCUGUGGCUUCAGCUACAUCAGAGAUAACGGCGUCAGGAAAGGGCUAAACUUAGUUUAGCUGCGCAGCUAAUAUUGCGACAAAUAAAUAUUUGUCUUUUUAAAAACUCCUUCUUUCAAAGACAACGAAACACCGAAGAGAAAGGCUUGCAUAAGCCUUGCGUUUCUGCCUGAGCGCUGAUUCAGUAGCUGGGAUGCAUAAUUUCCCUCGCAAUUUUAGCUUGUUUAAUGGAAGGUACUGGAAAUUUCACAGUAAGAAGGAGGACAUAUUUAUUAGACAUAGAAGUGCGAUAAGCCCGCGACAAAGAUUUUUAACGCGUUCCUAAACUGCAGGAGGAGGUCUCUGUGAAAUUUUGAGUAAAUAGGGAGCGCAAGCCUGUUUGUUGUUGCCUCGGCCUCAUGAUUUGCGUCGCUAGCGGUGGGCGAGUCAAAAACACUGCUGCGGGAGAAUUUAGCUAGGUCAGUGAGUUAAUAGUGUGUUUGUAAUGUUAGCACGAGUUGUUUGUGGUAUUUUAGUGUCGGGGUCUGCCGAAAUAACGUCCAGUUAGGUAGCCAACUUUACCAGUUUUGUAGCAAAUUCGAACUGAUGGUUUGCGUGCGCUUAGCUGCUGUUUUAUCUGUUUGUUUGCCUGAGCGUUAUCUAGCUUAGCAGCUCUGUGAGGGUUCGGGGGCACCGUUUCCGUCAACAUAGCAGUAACGGUAAAUUAACAGACCAUGAAGCUCUUAGAAAAUUCAAGUUUUGAGGCCAUAAACACGCAGCUCACCAUAGAGACGGGAGACUGCAAGAUAAUAGGACGGAUUGAAAGUUACUCCUGCAAAAUGGCAGGUGAAGACAAGCAGAUGUUUAAACAGUUCUGUCAGGAGGGACUACCUCAUGUCCUGGAGGCACUGUCCCCUCCACAGACCUCUGGAGUCAGCCCCAACAGGCUGAGCCACAGUCAAAGUGGUGAUGAAGGGGAGGGUCCUCUCUCAGAUAAAUGCAGCAGAAAGACUCUGUUCUAUUUGAUCGCCACUCUCAAUGAGUCCUUUAGGCCAGACUACGACUUCAGCCGCACCAGAGGCCACGAUUUCAGUAGAGAGCCCAGUGUCAACUGGGUGUUUAAUGCAGUGAACAGUAGUUUAUCUGCUGCUGCUGGGGAGGCAUACAGUCGCUUGCAGCCCCAGCUCUGGGAGGCCAUUGACAAUGAGAUCAGCCUGGCUGAGUGUGAUAUUUACAGUUAUAAUCCAGACCUUGAUUCUGAUCCUUAUGGAGAAGAGGGUAACCUGUGGUCCUUCAACUAUUUCUUCUACAACAAAAGGCUGAAAAGGAUUGUGUUCUUUACAUGCCGCUCUGUUAGUCUUUUCAUGGCUCCACGGGACUCUGGUAUUGGCACAGAGUUGGAUCUGGACUUGGACGAAGGCAGCUAUGAGGAGGAGGAGGAAGAAGAGAACAUGGAUGAGGAGAGGUGUGGAGCUUUAUGUGCCUAGUGAAGGUGCCGUAGUUCCAGCGCUUUGCUCCUGAAUGCCUCUGAACAACAUGGAUGUCUCUGAGUCUGGUGUUACUUUGCCCGUAUACUUCACACAAGUUAUUAUCCGAUAUGGUUGUUUCUUACUUUCACUAUGUGACAGAAUAAAUCCAUAUUUUAGGAGGAUUUCUGUGAUAAUGAGAUCAGUACAGGGGUUCUAUGUGUAUUCAGGUGUUUAUGGUGUGUAAUUAUUUUUUUAUUAUUAUUUUUUUCUUACCAGUUACUGUUGGAUUGUUUUUCCUUCUUAUUUAAGACAAAAAAUUGCGUGCUAAUGGAAUUUUUUGUGGCAUUUUUUUCCUGUUAACCUCUUAAUAGAGCACAGUCUGUUACAUGUUUUAUAAUAAUUAUUUUAGACCCAUCAUCAUGUGAUGGACAAAGGUGUUUUAGUUUUUUAUUAUUAUUAUUAUUUUAUUAUUAUUGUUUUUAAUGUAAACCUUCCAAUUCCUUUUUCAAAAUUAUUCCUGAGUCAUCUGCCACCAGGGGGCGGAUUGCACCAUGCAAUUGUCAACCCACAUGUCACUUUCUUUUGUUUCUGUUGAGCUUUGAGCAUUGUUUGAUUCGUCAAGCCAUCACAUUUUGAACUUUAUUUUAUUUUGCUGUGACAUUAGGGGACCAAGCACCAAAGAUUUGAGGCAUGUUUUUGGAUUGUUGGUUAGAGAUGGUUAGAGUGUUUUUCCAUGAGAAUUUUUACUGUUGUUGGUGCAUGGCAUUCUUUGCUUAUUUUCAGCGGGAGGGAAAAAAAGUUACAUCCAGCACCCUUGUACCAAAGGCAAAUUGCUGUGCUUAACGGCACAAAUGCAUUGUUCAGAGGAGGGACAUUUCGGGUUAGUGGGUGACUUACAUGGCCUAUCCAUGGUGCCCUCUCUAAACUAGGCUCUAGGGGCUCUUAACAUGUUCUACUAUCCAGAUUCCAGAGCCACCACUGCCCUCCAAGUAUAGUGUGCCUGAGGGGAGGCUAAACAUAACACAAAAAUUCCAGAAUUAGCUUUGUGUUUGUACAGUCUUCACUUUUCCCAUAUAUGGAUAACGAAGAUAGCCAUUAUUUAGAUGCACAAUUGUUUGAACCUAAUCCACAUAUCUUGUUUGAUAGAUUUUAAUUGUCUGCAUUUGUGUAAACCUAUUACUUGGGUUUUGUACCUAGCUUUGCUUUUUAUUUCUCACAGAUAAACCCAACCAGCAUUAAAGAUAUUACAGUUUUAGGCUUGUAUCCCAGGCUGAAAUUUUCUUGAGCUUGCUUGCCUCUCUAUCACCAACUACUGCAUAAAUAUUAAGUUUCUAUGGUUUUAUUGCGGAAAAGGAGUUCAGUCACCAGAGCUCACCAGUUUGUACCAGUUCUAAUUGUUGAGAGGAUGAGAUAACAAAACUUUUCCUGUUCUCUUCCUUUUCCUUUGUUCACAAUUGCUUUUAUUUCAGUUUGGGAUUUGUGAGCAUGUUUGGGAUGUUUGUUUUAUUUUUAUUUUAAAAAAGAACAGUGCAGCACAGUGAGUCUCCAGUGUUUUUGUUUGUUAUGCUAAAGCCCAUGCUUCUCGAAGAAAUUGGAAAUAUUUUCAGUCCUAGUAUUAUCUCUAAAAUGAACACAUGAUUAUUUGCUUGACCUGAAUAUAAUGUUUGGUUUGCUACUGUUACUCCCACUGAAUAGUGGAGUUGCAUCACAGUUCUGUUGGGACAUUCUGAACUAACCAGCAGCUUUUUGGGGUUUGACUAGAUGUCAAGUAAAUAAAGCAAGCUUAGUAUGCUAAAAGCUGGUCAAUCGAUUUCCUUAGCUAAAUGUUACAAGUGUAAUUCAGAUUCUAACACAUUCAAGACAUUCAGUGAUCAGUGUUCUGUAUUGUUAAAUGAAAGUAUAGAACAUGACUUUAUAUUUUUGUGGUGAAUUUCUUUGGUGUUCAGAUUAGUAUGUAUUGUGGCAGCUGCUCUUAUAGGGCUUUUGUGAGAUGUAGGGUCAAAAUGUAAUGUCCAGUACAUUAAUAGUUUUAAAGCCAAUGGUUAAAAAUGUUACCUAUUGAUUCUUAAAGUAUAAAUCAAUCAGCAGGUGAAUGUGCAGUUUAUUUGUGUUUAACUCUGUUCAUUCUGUGCGACUUGGUUCUUUCAGUGUAUUGUUUUUAGUAGCCUACUUCCUUACGUUCCAGAGUUUAGUAUGAAGGAAUUUAAGUUUUAUGAAUUUUUAAAUGCUAUAAAAGUGCUUUUUUGUCACUCUGGCUAUAUUAUUUGGUGUGACGAUAUUCCAAACCAGACACAAGUCAAGUUUUACACUGCUUCUGUACAUUCAAGGGGUUCAAUUUUGGCAGUUUAAGGGGCAAUAAGCUUUUAUGGAUUUUUUUUUUAAUGGAGUUUUGCUCAAAUAUGCUGUUUUUGAAGUGGCAUGUGUAAUAAAUCUCCAGACUUUCUGGGUCAAACCUCAUGAAAGUCUGUUCAUUGACAUUGAA